AUGACUACUGAAGGAGUCCCCAUGCACAUCAAGGCAGGUUCAGAUCAGGACACUGCCCAGCUAGUCAGAGAACACUCGUAUGCAUUCCAGAACAGAUUAAAUACAACUCAAACGGAUAGCCCGCCUAUUGCCGAGACACAAAAGCCUGAUAUAGACAAUCACCAGCAUGAGGAAGUGUCUGGGCUUGCGGCACCCAAGCCCGAUCCAGAGACCAAGGCACCUGCCACAGAGUCCACAGGAUCUCCCAUCGGCAGUAUUCCUGUUGCCCGUGAGUCGCAGGUCUCAGUGGGGCCCAUGAAUGAAACAGUGGCGGGCGAGAAGCGUGGCAUUGAUACCACUGUGACGCCCACUCCGCCCCUGGCUGAAAAUGAGGAGCAACAAAAGCCUGAACCGUUGCAUGAACCUGAUACCAAGAAGUUGAAGAUAGACGAAAAGCCUGCCACAGAGUCCAAUGGCACUGCGGAUGGUCCCUCCAGCACAGAAAACGCUGGACAAAAGAAGGCUAGCCGAUCCAAGAAGGAUACGAUCAAGGAUGUCGUGAAUAAGGUUAUUCCAGGAGAUGGCAUUGGUAGUCGGACUCGCAGCCGGACUAAGGCUGCUUGA